AUCACAUUCUCCUCUCCUUUUCUUUCAACCAGCUUAUUCAGCCAGAUCGAACACGGUUACGAAUACUAUGUUAGAGCAGUCAACCAUCCUUUGUAUAUGGACAACCUCAAAUUCUACGCUGUAGAUCAUAAACAAUUAGAAACACUGCUUCAGAUUCUAUAUGGAUUUAUUAAUGGAAUAGACAUGAGUUUCAGAAUGUCUGAUUUUCGAAAUAUCACAGUUUUGUGUUUGAAGUCUUUUUUAUCUAAAAAAAACAAAAAAAGGCCCAUGGAAAUUAAGAAAAGAAAAGUGGAGUUUGAGUGCCGAAAUUUUAACGAUGAGUGGACACUUAACUAUUUUUCAUUGAGCACUUCGGAAAAUGUGUUUGCUUAUUUUGCCAAGAAAACAUUUCCGUCAAAAAAGUUUCAAAUAUUAAAAGAUACCAUGAAACUCGCCAUAAUCAUUACAGCAGUUUUACUGGGAGAAGACGAAGUUGCACGGCUGAGAAAUAAUUUAACCAAGCAGUCAUCUUUUUUCGUUAGAAAAGUUGAAGAGAAUGAACGAAACACUCGUGCUAGUUACGAGGUGUCGAAACUAAUAUCAGAAAAUAUGAAACCUUUUAGUGAUGGAAAGUUCUUCAAACGAUUAUUAUUGAAGACAGAAGAUGUUGUUUGUCCAGAAAAAAAAAUGGAGUUAUUUUCCGUGAUCAGCUUAUCGGCAAGAACAGUAACAAGACGAAUUGGAGAACUAGCAGCAAAUGUCAGAAGUGGCUUGAAGAACGUUUUAAAACAUCUAGAGUAUUAUUCCAUUGCUAUCGAUGAAACCACAGAUAUGAAGAAUACUUGUCAACUUGCAGUGUUUAUGAGAGAUAUAACACCAGAAUUUGAUAUUGUGGAAGAAUUUGUACAGUUGAUUCCUAUGAAACACACAAGCACUGGAGCAGAUAUUUUGAAAAGCAAGAUAAAAUGGUUUACCGAAAUGAAUCGUAAUUUAUGAAAGCUUACUGGAGUGACCACAGAUGGAGCACCAGCGAUGAUUGGUGAGAAAAAACGAUUUGUUGCAUUACUCCAAGCAAACAAUGGUAUUCUUUUCUACUCUAAGCACAAGGCUCGAAAUUUUUAGAGAGUGGGACAGUCGAUUAGAUUGACCCCAGUAUGCAACUGGUACUUAAUUUUUCAACCCCGAAAGGAUGAAUGACAAAGUCGACCUCGGUGGAAUUUGAACUCAG